AUGCUCAUGUGUCGUGUGGUUUUAAUGACUCUGGCAGUCUACUUGUCCGCCGUGCAAGGUCGCAGAGUAUGUCACCCAACCAAUACAACUAUAUCAGCCGAGAAAGAGGACUGUCCAAUGUGCAUCACCCUUACCACCACCAUCUGCAGUGGUUAUUGUGAGACCAAGGAAUUUGUACUCAAGACACCCCUUUCCACAUUGAGGCAGAAAGUUUGUACCUACAAAGAAAUUCGAUACGAGACCAUCAAACUGCCCAACUGCCUGCCGACCACUGAUCCAUUCUUUACGUAUCCCGUGGCUGUGAGCUGCGACUGCGGUUCGUGCAAAAUGGACUACAGCGACUGCACAGUUCAAAGCAUAGGGCCAGCCUUCUGUACUAGCAACGCCAUACUCAUAUAACCUGCUUCACAAAGAAGAAGUCCAGAAACACAGCCUGCUCCCUCUAACGUGCUUUGUCUGGCACUGAAAUAUUAAUGUGUUGUAUAUGUUAUUUUUUGAACUGUUGUUGAGCAGGGCUGCUCACUGCGAAGGGAACACUGCACGUUCUUGGGUUUGUUGUAAUUUA